CCCCGAGAAAGAGCAGAGAGAGGAGAAAGAAACGAUGGCGGGGAGGAAGCGAGUGCUGGUGGUCGGUGGCACCGGCUACUUGGGCCAGCACCUCCUCCAAGGUCUCGCCGGAGCCCUUCUCUACGACUUAGCCUUCACCCAUAAUCGCCCCAUCCCUCCCCCCGAUCUCGUGGCUGCCGUCUCCCCGGUGAUCCCCUUCCGCGUCGACCUGCGAACCGGAGACGGAUUCGACGCUAUUUCUUCCUCAUUUGGACAGCCAGAUGUGGUUGUUAACUGUGCUGCGCUCUCUGUUCCUCGUGCUUGUGAAAUGGAUCCUGCAGCUGCUGUGUCCAUAAACGUGCCAUCUUCUCUUGUAAAUUGGCUAUCAAGCUUCAACAAUAGCAAUUCUCUUCUAGUUCAUCUGUCAACUGAUCAAGUAUAUGAAGGGGUAAAAUCAUUUUACAAAGAAGAGGAUGAAGCUGUACCUGUAAAUAUGUAUGGAAAAACAAAACUAGCUGCAGAGCAGCAUAUCAUUGCUCACUGCUCAAAUUAUGCCAUCUUGAGAAGCAGCAUAAUAUAUGGGCCACAGACAAUUUCACCGGUUGAAAAGUCACUUCCAAUCCAGUGGAUUGACAGUGUUCUUAAUAAACAAGGUCAUGAGGUUGAAUUUUUUCAUGACGAGUUCCGUUGCCCUGUGUAUGUAAAGGAUAUGGUGGAUGUCAUAAUGGCUGCAACUAAAAAGUGGAUAUCAGACGGCAAACAAAUGCAAUUGCUGCUGAACGUGGGUGGAGCAAAUAGGGUGUCAAGGUUGCAAAUGGCCGAGUCAGUUGCACGAAUCAAAGGAUACAACCCCUCUUUGAUCAAGCCAGUAUCUGCAUCAUCUGUUGACCGCGGCGUUAGAUCCCCUUCAGACAUUUCCAUGGACAUCAGCAGGUUGAUUCAAGUGCUUGGUGUUAGUCCAUGCCUCUUCGAAGAUGGAGUCAGAUCUACACUUGAAGCCGAUAAUGCAUAGUUGUCGAUACUCAAAAGGAGAUAGGAUGACUGGCAAUUGGACCAACUGCAUUGAGAUGCUUUUGCACCGGCUCACCUUGCCUCACUUGGCACCCCUACCGAAUGGGUAUAAAAUAUUUUACCUCAUUUUCUCCAGGAUCCAUGUUUAGUUUCGAUACAGUUCUAUUGAAUUUGUUUGAGGUGAAGUUGUAAUGAUAAUUCUUAUCAUUGUUCAUCAUGGGGGCUCACCUUGCCUCACUUGGCACCCCUACCGAAUGGGUAUAAAAUAUUUUACCUCAUUUUCUCGAGGAUCCAUGUUCAGUUUCGAUACAGUUCUAUUGAAUUUGUUUGAGGUGAAGUUGUAAUGAUAAUUCUUAUCAUUGUUCAUCAUGGGGGAAGUGUUGAAAAAUAUAUGCGAUCCAUGAACUAAAA